UUAAAGACAGUUGUUAUGGAUGAUUUUACAAUUGGUAUGGAAGAUAAAUUCAAGGUACUUCAAGAACGCAUAAGUAAAGUCCACGAUAGUCAAGAUAAUGUUUUAUUAAAGUUCGAUACUCUGGCGAAAAAUUUUGAUAAUCUAAAAAAAGUUGUGAGUCAGUUUUCUGAUAAAGUCUCUGGUUUGGAGGAAGUGGCCACAGACAGACGGAAGCUGAAGUCUGAAAUUAAAAUACUGAAGAAUAGAAUAAAUGAAUUGUAUGCUAUUGUAAAGGAAGGCAAAGAAGAUGGUUCAAUAUCAAGUGAGGUGGGGGAUACGCAAUCUAACAAUGAGUCCAACCAUUCGGGUUUUUCUUCUUCUUCUAAGGUAACAAUGACGACGGGGCUCGAUCGCGAUACCAUUCGCUCAGCGUACGAAGACGUCAGAUCUGACGCUACCCCCACUGAGUGGGCCGUGUUCAAAUUCGAAGGUGCGCGCAUCAUAUGCUCAGCGCGUGGUAGCGACUUCACCGAAUUCCGCACUCAAUUCUCCGACGACGACCGCGCGUUUGGGUACCUCAGGUUGCAGAUGGGCGACGAAAUGUCAAAACGCAAAAAGUUCAUGUUCGUGACGUGGGUGGGACCUAACGUGUCGGUCAUCAACCGCGCUAAGAUGUCCACUGACAAAGCCAUCAUCAAGGAUAUCAUCUCGAAUUUUGCCGUGGAGUUACAAUUGGAAAGCCAAGCCGAAAUAGACAUCGAUCAAUUCAAAGACGCUUUGAAUAGGGCAGGAGGUGCAAACUACGGUACCGGAAUCAGGGACUUAUGAAUUGCACAAUGACUAAACAACUAUCACUUGACUAAACAACUAAAAUUGUCUGAUUUAUUAGUUAUUGAAGACGUUUUAGUUGUUUUCCGGUAGAAACUCAAUUUCGCAUGGCUCUUCCGUGUAGCAAACUUGUAAAAAUUGAAAUUUUGAUAAAUUUAUACCUAUUCGAAUUUUCCAUUGUUAUUAUAACUGUACUGAGAAUUGCUCACGGAAAUGCCUAGGCCAAAAGAAAUAGGCAAUAUGCGUGUAUGGCACCAAUUAAUAUCUGAAUUUAAAAAAGUGAGUAAUAAUCAAUUAUUCAAAGUAGUAUUUAUGCCACAUCCAAGGAACUAAAAAGAAUUUUCGAUGGUUUUAAAUCUGCUGCUUUUUAUAUAAAUUAAUACAAAAUUAUACAUGCAUAUUCCUAUUGUAUAGUUCAUCAUUAGUCAUUUUUUAAAAUUAGUCUUUAUUUUUUUGUCACAGUAAAAGAUCUAUUUAUUUUUUUGAUGUAAUAUGUUUGAAAAAGUCCUUUAUUUAAAGAAAUCUCUUUGGUACUUUAAAAUUUAAGUCAUGUGCAAUAGAAACCGAACCUUUUGAAAAAUAAAAAUUAAGCUUUUUAUUUUUCAUUUAAGGCUUCUUGUGCAAUUAAUAUAACAAUCUUUGAUAUUAAAAUAGUUUUCGCCAAAAACGUAGACUUAACUGCCAUGUAGCGUCAUGCAUUUAUUUUUGCCUUCUAUUAUAAUGACGAAUUGUGAAAAUUUUACAUUGUAUUGUAUACAUAAUUCGGAUUUUACCGCUUUUAUACAUUAA